AUGAGCGAAAAUGGCGAGAAAAAAGAAAUUUCGGCCAAAAGCAAUGUGACAUCGAAAUGGAAACAGGUAUUACCGGCGUUGGCAGCUGGUGGAAUUGCUGGAGCUGUGGCUAAAACAACGAUAGCACCGUUGGAUCGGACUAAAAUUUAUUUUCAAGGUAACAUUUUGAGAUUUUUUGUUCGAAUUUUAGGUGCCAAUUAGAAAUGAAGGAAACGGCUAGCUAAAACUAUAAGUUACAACUGAGUGAGACUAAAAUAGGAGUAGAAGAAUGUUUUAAUUGCUUUAAGUUUAGUUUGAAAGUAAACGAACAGAAACUUGGCUUGUUCUGAGGGUUUUCCUAUAAAAAUAUAUAUUUUUAGUAACAUCAGAACGCCGUUAUCACUUGAGAUCAGCUAUGAAGUUUGUGAAAGUCAGUUAUCAACAGGAAGGUUUCUGGUCGUUGUUCCGUGGAAAUUCGGCUACAAUGGCACGUGUUAUACCAUUCGCAUCGAUACAGUUUGCUUCAUACGAACAGUAUAGAAAUGUUUUACAUGUUGAUGAAGGAGGGUAAGGUUUUAAACGUAUUUUUGUGGGUUUUAAAUAUCCACAUGAAUUAAAAAACCAUAUAGCUACUGCAAUAUGGUUUUUUAAACGUGUUUUGAUAUAUUUUGAUGUUGUACGUUAGUAAGUUAAUAUUUUUAGGAAACGAACACCCUUUCGACGAUAUUGCGCAGGUUCUUUGGCAGGAAUCACGGCCACAGCGAUUACAUAUCCGCUAGACACGGCGAAAGCAAGGUUAUCAGUCUCAUCCAAGAAGGAAUAUCCCAAUUUAAGGGCGGUUUUUAAGUACGAAUAUCAGAAAAAUGGCUUGAAAAACUUUUAUCGAGGCUUAUGGCCAACACUUAUGGGUGUCAUUCCAUAUGCGGGUUCAGGAUUCUUUGUUAACAGCAGCUUGAAGUUAUGGUAUAGAGGUGUGGUUUUUGAUUUUUUUUUUAAAUUUUGGGUAAAUUUGAUGGUGAACAUAGUUGGUAGUAUUUAAAGAGGAUUGUAAUGUGCAUUUUUUUUUCAAAUCUUGAAGCAUUUUGGCAUUUUUUUUAAGAUAUGGCCAAAUUUGUUCAGCUACAUCAAGGUGAUCGUCUAAAAUCCGAAAUUUUAGAAAAGUUCAAAAAGCGACCCCCACUAGGCUACGAAUUAGUCUUUGGAGCAACGGCAGGUAUUGUAGGCCAAGUCACGUCAUAUCCAUUGGACAUUGUGCGUCGAAGAAUGCAAACAGGUAAAGUACCAGAAGGCCAAGGCGUCUGGAAGACCUUGUACACGAUUGGCAAGACGGAAGGUAUUCGAAAAGGAUGGUACAAAGGACUCAGUAUGAACUGGAUUAAAGGACCGAUUGCUGCUGGAUUGGCCUUCACCGUGAACGACCGGUUGAAACCGCUGUUCUUGAAAUGGGCCGCCUAA